UGAUUGGAGAAGACUGAACAGUGUGACUAAGUUUUGUACCGGGUGAAGGGACUUUCCGAUUAUUCUGGAGACUUCAACAAGCCACACCUGUUGAUUCAAGUAACUCUACCAAGCCUAGACACCACUGUACAUGUAGCAAUGGCCCCGGUAUACUGUAACGGGUGCGGUGCGCGUGCCGAUGAAUAUGACAAUUUUUGCGACCGCUGUGGGAGAGAAUUAAGGAGAAGGCAGAUUUUGGAGGAGGAAGUGGACUGCUCCCCCUACAUCGACCACUCAGACAUCGCCAAGUUCCGAUAUGACAACAACGACCGCCUAGUGGACACGGACCGCAGGCUGCUUCAGGAGGCCCUGACUCUGGUCACAAGCGAGAACCAAUGGGUGUGGAGGAACGCCAAAGUCUCGGUGUACGGGGUGCUCGUGAGGGCAGUCUUCUACUCCGGCGACAGGACCAACAAGUUCGUGGUCCAGCUAAACUCGGAGGAUCGCCCGACCCAUGUGGUAGAAGAAAGGGGGUGGCGUCUAUGGUUUAAGGAUAGCUUUAAAACCGCCUGGGGUUGGCUCAAAGAUGUUGGUAGUAAAGUAGCUGGGGCACUCACGGGCCCAUUGGCCAAGUUGGCCAUAGGCUGGUGGUCUUAGUGCAAUAUGUAUCCUCCUUUACGUGCCAUCAAGACCAUGAGGCACCUAAACCUUUACAAAACGUGAGAGGCAAGUCAAAAUUAUACAUGUAGUAGAAAUUGUAACAGUGUGGUUCUAAUUGUGAUGCUGUUAGUGACAAUCCAACGUUUAUGCCUCAGUGUCAUCAGAAACUGGAUGAUAACGAAACCAAGUACUGUUGCGGGAUUUUCAUCUCUUCUCAGUAAUCUUAACACUGGCAACCAUGGGCAAAGAUUGUAUUGAUACCGAAUGUUGUAACUGCUACGAUGUGCACUCAAGAGUAAAGCAAGUGCCAUAAUCCAGAGUAACAGGUGCCAUGUUAAACAUAACAUCAGGUAUUUUCGUAAGCAUGCCUGAUAAGAAUCUGCACUACUCAGAAUUUUACAUGUAGAUGUCUCAGAGCAGUUUUGUCAUUGAAUUAGCACGAUGGACACGUAUUGAACAAUAAAAAAACGCGCAUCCACACUGUGAAGCGGUAUGUC